AUGGAUAUCGAACUGGCGUCCCCGCCAGCGUCCAGGUCAAAUGUCACAUGCGAGAGGGCCAAAUGCCAUGUUCUCGUUGCAAGAAAAGAGGUCUUCCUUGCAGUGUCAAUCGAAGCCUACAAACACUACUGGAAGAUGAUGUCACGUAAGUGGAAAGGUGCAGUAGUACAAAAGAUGCGAUGGCUGGAAGACACUGUUGCAAAGAUUGCAGCCAAAGUCGACAUUCCCGAAUUACAGAUUUCUCACAGUGGUCCUGUACCACAAGAAGUCUCUAUGAGUCCAGCCUUGGAGGGCAUCGCUACAGAGGCUGUUGCUCAAGAAACACUUGUCACGGGUCAGACAUCGCUGCAAAAAGAGACCAACGAGCUCCCACGAACUUGGGAGGUGAUCAUGGAUCCGCGAGGAGGUCCAGCUUCUAUUCCAGCUUCUUGCGUCUCAGAAAGCGGGAGAGCAGGUUUACAGAAAGAUCUACCGAAAUCCCGUCCGCCAGACUUGAUAUCAACGGGACUUAUCUCUCUUCGACAAGCAUUGACACUAUUCGAGACUUAUCAUCUCAGACUCGAUCAUUUUCUCUACCGCAUCCUGGGCGAUCAUAUCAGCCUAGAAUCAGUUCGAGUCGCAUCUCCUUUGUUAACGGCAGCUGUCUGCACAGUUGGAGCAUUGCACUCUCAGUCACUGGGCCAUCUCUUUGAAACCUGUUACGCUGAGUAUAAGAACCUUGUUAUGGCGCAGACAUUUUCAAGACAUGUCAGCGAAGAUGACAUCAGGGGUCUUUGUGUCGGUGCAUUUUGGCUGCAUGAGCUAUCUUGGUCACUUAUCGGCAAUGCUGUUCGGAUUGCAUCCGAUAUCAAUCUUCACAGUGGAAUAUACAAGGCCCUGAAGGGGGAUCGUGAUGGAUAUCUCCAAGCUCGAUUAUACUAUCUUGUCUACGUGUGCGAUCAUCACUUCUCAAUAGCCUACGGACGACCUCCAAUGUCCAGGGAAGGUUUUAUCAUCGACUCAGCUAGCCGAAUCCUAGAGACCGAGCAUGCUACCGAAGACGAUGCCAGGCUGAUCAGUCAAGUUAAAGAGUGGUCCAUUCUGGGUCGCGUAUUUGAUACAUUUGGGGUCGACGUCGAUACCCCAAUUGCGCCUCAAACACUACCUCAGCUGCGGCGAUAUUCGAUCUCUCUAGAUACAUGGUACGCUGACUGGAACGAAAGCUUCAAAACGAACCAAAAUGUGGGAAACUACCCACAAAAGGGCGUUGGGUUUCACUUUCAAUUUGCAAAGCUUUAUCUUUGUUCGCACGCUUUUCGUGGGGCUCCAGCAUCCGAGAACACAGCCCAAUACAUGUCGCCUGAGCUCGAAGAGAUCUCUAAUGCUGGCGUGCUGUCUGCAAUGUCUAUUCUCCAAAUGAUUGUCUCCGACCCUGAGUUCCGAUCAUUCAUGAACGGCCUUCCGCUGUAUUUUGAUACUAUGCUGGCCUUUGCUGUGGUUUUCUUGCUCAAGAUUGCGACGAAGCAUGCCAGUAUGAUCAGAAUCGAUACUACCAAAAUUCUAUCACUGGUUGCAGAGACAGUGGCCGCUCUUCGGGAAAUCACAAAAGAUAUGCACAAGCAGCAUCUACUCGUUGUUAUCAGUGAAGGCUUAGAGCGCUUGUUGGGCAGAUGCCAAAUGCCUACUCUCUCCUGUGACGAGGCAGUAUACCAUCCUACUCCUGCCGAAGAAGAGCAGUCCGCUUUUGAUAUGGCUUGGGUGGAAAACAUGGCAAGCUUUGAUUUUCAAACUAAUAUCCCUGAUCUUGACGAAUGGUGGCUACAUCAUAAUACAUCAAUAGGGCCCACCAUUCGAUCAACGGUGCCGUGA